CGCUCCUCUACUACAACUGCCGCGCCGCGAGGGGAUCUAAUAUUUGCGCCCUCACCACCUGUCGGGUCACAUAGGCCACAGAUGGUCGAAGAUGAUCUUCUCAAAAUGCCAGGCAGCUUUGAUGUCGGCAACAACGCGCUGAACGUGGAGCACAAGCUGCAGUGGUCGCUCACUGACCUCGAGCGCACCGGUGGCCUCACAGGGUGGGUCGCAAAGUUGUUGCUGUCCGCUGGCGAUUGGAUCGACAACGAACUUGAAGAGCGACGGCAAUCAAUUGGAGGGAUAGACAACUUGUGGUUCCUCUUGACCGAGGCUGCCGACUUCAACCCGGUGUGCGCGUCGACGUACAUUCUGAAGGGGAAGUUGACGUUAGAGGAGUUAUACAAGGCAGCACACCGCCAGUCAGAGAAGUUCCCUAAAUACAAGCAACGGGCAACCUCUGUGUGCAGGCGGUUCCACGGCGCCCGCUUCGAAGAGGACCCUGACUUUGAUCUCAAGAAUCAUAUACAUGCUGUCGCUCUUCCAGAACCAGCGGGGCAACACGAAUUGAACGACUUGAUGGGCAAGUUCAUCGCUCAAGAUUGGGACCUGAAACGUCCGCUGUGGGAGAUGGUGCUGGUGGAGAACUACCGGGACGAGACCGGCGCUGAGAGUGCGUUGCUCACGAGAGGCCACCACGCCCUCGCAGAUGGUCAGGGAUUUGUUAUUAGCCAGCUCUACAUCACGUCGUAUCACGACGAGCUCGUCCAAAAGAUGCACUCGACGGCGGACUACCUCCACGCAGCGAAGAGAGGAAAGGUGCUACCUUCUAAGCUUCACCGCUCUCUUCGACCGCUCGACUCGCUGGCGACGAAUCCGUAUACCGCACCGCUGCUCGAACUCGUCAUGGCAUGCGCGUUCUGGUAUGUCUACGCCGUCUCGACGUUCAUCGGUCUCUUCUGGAGCGUCUACCAAGCUGUCCAUCAAACCGCCCUCUUCCUUCUCACCUGCUGGCGCGUCGACAUGCUCACGGGGCCGCAGCCAGGCCAGCGCGUGGCCGAGCGGGAGUUUGCCAGCUCGCGCGUGUUCAGCAUAAAGGAUGUCAAGCUCUGCCAGCAGGCGUUUUCUGGCGCGAAGCCUGGUAGCGCGGUCGCUGGCGUUCCGAAGGAGCAGCGGGAGAAGGUGCGCGCGAAAGCGGGGCACGUCACGCUGAACGAUGUCGUAUGCGCGGUGAUGGCGGACGUGCUCGGGAAGGAAAUCGCGUCCAGACCUGCGGACCAGCUGAACGGCCCCUGGGAGCGGAUGAAGCGGAAGUUGAGGACGGUGCUGCCUUCGCCUAUCGGGUUCUUUAUACCGAUGAGCACGCGCGCUCCCGGCGACUGGUCGAUGCGGAAUCUCUCGACGGGGUCCAUCGUGUACUUGAACCCGUCGACGAAUGUAUCCGACGACGUCACAGUGCACGAGCUUCACGCGCACAUCCACCAGUGCCGCGGAGAGCUCUCAAUCCUUAAACACAGCCUCCUGCCGGCGUUGUGCUUCCAUAUCCUGCAGUUGACCGGACAGGUUCCUGCGCUGUUGGAUCUCUCCCUGCUGGCGAAUCCGACCAAGGACCUCAAAGAGCUAUUCAACAAAUGGCUGAUGAGGCCGAUAUAUAACAUGGUAUUGCAAUCAUUCCCCGUUGUUCUGACAAAUGUUCCCGGCCCUGCAAACAGCACGAUCACCUUGCAAGGCACGGAGGUGCUCAAGUGGACAGCACUACCUCCUCAAGGCGGUAAAGGCACAAUUGGGAUGGGGAUCAUCUCGUAUGCCGGCGGACUCUCCAUAGCCGUUGCUGCCGAUCAAGUAUCGUUGAGCCUUGGAGUCGCGGAACGGAUAUGCGCGGGAUUCGAGGAGCGAUUUGAGCUCUACGUCAAAAGGGCGCGGGAGGUCGUGGACCAUCUGGACUAAAACAGAGAUACCUUGAGGCGCGUUCCAAAUCCGUUACUAGCAUUAGUUUUAUUGUUCGAUUGCGAGGACGUUAUAGGAUGAUACACGUACACCUGCCUUUCCCAAUACUGUAGGAUUUGUUAAUGCACUCCCACGACACCUCGCUGAGCGCGGGCGUUCGAUCCGGGCGUUGUGGCUAGGGACGGGCAAGAGCUGGCAAAGCGUGGUGAACGUUGGCGUGUGCCAGUGGCAUGAAGCUUGUCUCAGCGGUCUCUCGCUCUCUUGUCUCCUCUACUUAAUUAACGCAUGGCACGAACAGUAACAAAGGUCGAUCUUGUAUCCCAGGAUGGUUCAAGUUGACGUCAACGAGCAACA